AUGGACGAGACGAGUAGCGACAUGGAAGAAACUAACGAUCAAACACCUUAUUUUGAUAAAGAAACCGAGCAAGAAGCCUUGGUUAAACAUUCAGAUGUGACAAUGAAACAAAGAACUCCGCCAUACGUGUAUUUCCUGACAGUGUUUGCGGCAAUCGGGGGAUUUCUGUUUGGGUAUGACACCGGUGUUGUUUCGGGAGCAAUGAUCCUCAUAAAACAAGAAUUCCAUUUGUCCUCUUUUUGGCAAGAACUCAUUGUUAGUGCAACAAUCGGCACGGCUAUAUUGGGUUCUCUCUUUGGAGGUUUUUUGAAUCAAAGGUUCGGGAGAAAACCUAUGCUCAUUGUCUCUGGGCUGGUGUUUACUGUUGGGGCUGUUGUAAUGGGUGUCGCUCGUUCAAGGGAAGUUCUUCUCAUUGGAAGGCUCAUUGUCGGCUUGGGAAUAGGUAAUUGAUGAGAAUGAAAUGCUUUAUCUAUUUCAAGUAUUGAUUUAGUGAUUGUGAUAGAGUUUAAAUUGUAGCUCGUUUUAUGAUGAUCUCAGGGUAACUUUUCUUCUGCUUAUAUAAUUAUCUGCUUAUAUAAUAUAGAACGUGGGUGAGAGUUAAUUUAAUCGUUUACGUAACAAUGUUUCAGCCUUGGAGCUAGUUCGGUAAAAUUUCUGCACUGCCCCAUACUAUUGUAAAACAAAUCUGUUUUCCCAAUGGCAAUGUAUUGUUUUUGUCAUUGUUUUCUCUCUCCAAGAACUGAAUGCAUAAUGUAGUAUGGGGCUGUGCGGAAAUUUUACCGUUAGUUCUCGUGUUAAAUCUAUCUAUGAUCCAUUUACGAGCACUAGUGUUACACCAUGAGCAGUUAUAACUCAUGGGGUAACUCCAAAUGACCAUGCCAACUAAUUUUUGUCAUCUUACCGGUACCAGUACACAUAAACAGAUGAUUGCUUUAACCCUUUCACUCCUAAGAUCUCAUUAGUAAAUCUCCCUACUAUCUGCCAUACAUUUCUUAUGAUUUUAGUUUGGAGAAUUAGGUAUUGGAUCAACUAAUUAUCUUCUAAUUUACAAUUUUCUUCAUUCUCAUCACUUGUCUACUUGAUAUUGUAUUGAUAUUGUGAAAAUAAAUUCUGUCUUGGUCACUCGUGCAUGUAUAAGGGAUAAAGGGAUUGUAAUUUUUCCUUGUUUUUAUAUCAUCUGCUUAAAGCUGUAGAUUAACUCAAACCUGUAUUAAUACUUCAACUCCCAAGAUCUGAUUGUUAAUUCUCCUCUCUAAGUGCUAUACAUUUCCUUGUAAAUUAGUUGCAAGAAUCUGGUGUUAGAUUGAGGAAAAAAAAUUACCUGAUAAGUUUGAGUAUUCUCAUUACCUGUUUGGUGGAAAAUGUUUGGAUAUUGUCAGGAGAGGUCAUGUGUCAAUCACUUCUGGGAGUUAAAGGGUUAAGUGGAACCAUAUUAAACAGUUUAAUUAAGUCCUGAAACUUUUCUCCUUAAUCACUGUAUAUUUCACUUGGGUGACCUCUAAAUACAGGCUUGACUGUACUUGAUAUUUCAAUGAUGUCAUUGUUCACCUUUAAAUGGAUAUUUUGUACCCUGAAAGGGGUGUAUAUGUCUGACAUUUUAGUUUGCAAAUUUAUAGUGAAUUGCAUAACCCCUUUAAAUGUUCUGUUUUUUUUUUCUCUCAGGGGGAGCAUCAGUCACAGUCCCUGUAUAUAUUGCUGAAACAGCUCCAUCAAACAUAAGAGGUCGCCUUGUCACUGUCAACAAUCUUUUUAUCACUGGGGGCCAGUUUAUUGCCUCUGUGGUUGAUGGUAUUUUCAGCCCUUACAAAAGAACAGGAUGGAGGUACUUAAAUAAUUCUUUAUAACUUUAAGUAAAAACACCAAGGUAGAUAAUUCUCUUGAUACUCAUUUCAUUCUACAAAGCUGAAUGUAAAUGUGGUAAUUUAGUAUUAUCAACUGAGUUGAUAAUGAAGAAAUGUAAAAUGGUUUCCAUGUUUACAUAGCCUGAUGUAAACAUGCAGGAGGUUGGGAGAACAUUAGAUACGCGUAGGAAACCACGACACAAAGCGGAGUGGUUUCCAGCUUAUCUCGUGUUCUCCCAACCUCCUAAGUGUUUACAUCAGGCUAUGUAAACACGGAAACCAUUUUACAUUUCUUUUAAAAAAUAACUAAUGAAAGAGAAACUGUGUUUACAUACGCUCAUGUAAAAUGGUUUUAUGGCCAAUCAGAGCAUGCGCACUAUUUGAAUUAUUUUAUAAUGUAAGUUGGCCACUGCAAAGAGUUAAAGCUGUUGAACUCUUUAAUCUUCUCAACUCAGUUGAUAAUAUUAUAUUACCCUGUUAUACUUUCCCACUGUUGGAGCAGCACAGUUUCUUUAGAAAUUUACCCCCCAGGUAAAUGCUCUGAUUUCAUGGGGUAAGGUGUGGGGUGUGGAAAGGCUUCACAUCUUGCACUUUAAUUUCCAAAUCGAGUAAGUUUCUGCUUAGAUUCUAACUUCUAAUUUAAAUAAUUUGUUAACCCUUUCACUCCCAAGAUCUCAUUAAUAAUUCUCCUUACUGUCUGCCAUACAGUUCUUAUAACUUGAGUAUAGAGAAUUUGGUUUUGGAUUAACUUUUAAUUCCCUUACUGAUAUUUUUCUUUAUUCUCAUAACUUUUCUGCUUGAUAUUGCAUUGAUAUUGUUAGGAGAAAUUCUGCUUUGGUUACUUAUGGGAGUUAAAGGGUUGGGAGAAUUUUUCUCGCCAAGAUAUCAUCUCCUAGUUCAUUGUGUGCUCAGGGCUGAACUUAAAGAUUAAUAAUAAUCGUACAUCAAUAUUUUGGGACGUCUAUUUUAAUAGGAUAGCAAAUUUGUGAAACAAUAUACCUAAUGAUGUUAGGCAGGCUGAGUCUAUUGACUCUUUUAAGUGUAAACUUAAGUCGUUUUAUUUCAAGAGACUUUUCAACGUUUUUGAUGGCGACAACUUUCUUACCUUUAAAAUAAUUUGUCCUAAAUGUCACCAGGUAAAUACCCUUGUUGCAUGCACUUGUUAAGCAACCUAUUUAGUCUAUUUUUAUUAUUAAGUUAUUUUAGGAGGGGGUUGGGUUGGAGCUUAAACCUAGUAGGGGACUUAUGUCCUAUUGUUUUUGCUCUGGUACUGCUUUGUACAAAUCCUUAAAUAAAUAAAUAAAUAAUAAAUAAAUAAAUAAUAAAUAAAUAAUAAAUAAAUAAAUAAAUAAAUAAAUAAAUAAUAAAUAAAUAAAUAAAUAAAUAAUAAAUAAACGAAUUGGUCUCCCAUCUACUCUCUUUUGCUGUCAGAAAAAUCUAUGGAUAUUGUAAAGAGACAGUCCUUGUUAAUUGCACCUGGGUGUUUCAGAGAUUAAAAGUCUCAAACUUGCAAAAUAAUUUUUUUCAGGUUUUUUGUCAGGUGAGGGGGAAGGGGGGAGGCAAAGAAAUUAUUGCAAAUGAAAGGAGCUGUUUCCACCACAAGAUUUGCUCAGAUGAGGGAUGCCUCUUCAUCCAUUUAAAUGCUGACUUUGCUCAUAAGAUCUUAUUCAGCGAUCUGUUGUAGCAAGUAGACUAUAACUUCCCUUCAAAAUUUCAUCCAGUCUGUUGUCAGAAAGUUUUACAUUUUUUUCUUUCUAUUUUCAUAGAUUUAUGCUUGGUUUAGCGGCAAUACCAUCCAUUGUUAUGUUCUUUGGAUGUCUGGUGCUGCCAGAAAGUCCCCGCUGGCUUCUCAGCAGAGGGUUCUCUCAGGAGGCUAAGAAAGUUUUGGUCAAACUGAGAGGCACAGACAAUGUGAAGGAUGAAUUUUCAGCGAUGCAAACUGUAUGUGAAGAGGAAGAAUCAUUUCGCAAAACUAGUAAGUGGUAUCAGUAGCAGUAUUGUGGCCUAGCAUCUUUGUACGAAUCUGUUAUCAUUAAUUUGUGAGAAAAGGUGUACAAUACAUCACUUUUGAGGCUAAGACUUACAAGUUGAUUUAGCUACAUCCAGCAGCCUUAAGGUCAUGAAUUCACACAUUUUUUAAAAAUCUUAUUUUAUCGAUAGACUUAACACACAACAGAGUCGUUUUAAAUUAUUUUGCUUUCUUUUUAGAAUCAUUUUCCUUCAGUAAAAGCACAACGUUUCAGAUGGUGGCAACCAAAAGUACAAGGAGAGCUCUCCUGGUGGGCUGUAUGUUGCAGGCGAUACAACAAUUGUCAGGGAUCAAUACUGUUAUGUAAGUGAAAACGUUUUUAGAACUUCUUAAUUUAAAAUUUAAUGUCUCGUAAGUGGACAACUGAAGUCAUCUGAGAUGUGCCGUUAGCGCGCAUGCUCCAACAGUGGUACUUGAAUCAUACAUAAAAACACACACAACUGAAUACAAACCAUUGCUCACACUGAAAUGGACAUUUGCGUGAAAUGUUCCUAAUUCUCCGUCGCUUAAUUUUUAGCAAGAAUUUGCCUUUUUCAAUUGUUUUUCCCAGUCUUGAAAGGUCUCUUGAAUCUCCAUAAACGAUUGCUAGCCAGCCGAAUAAUUUAAUUUUUCUCGACCAAUUUGUAAUUUAGGUCGUCAAAGGGCGACUUUGAAAUAAAAGUUUUGCUUGGAAUCCAGGCAUGACCACUUUUUUUAGCUUAAAAACUUUAAAAGUGAACUUAUAUAGAUUGGCAUGCUUCCUAAGGUAUUUACUGCUUCUCUAUUCCUAAGCACUACACGAGAUGAAGAGGUUCGACUGCAUCUUGCAGAGCGGGCGUAAUUUUGAAAAGUCAAAGCUCAGUAUUUUCUUAUAGUGGCAGCAAAGGUUGGGGACAGAAAGGAAUUUGUACUCGUGGGGUGAGCGACAGUUAUAAGGAGGGAGAGGAGAGGAGGUGCGUCUUUCCCCGCCCCCUCCCCCGUACGGUUCACUCUAACUCCAAAUCAAACUUUCCGAUUGCAAGCUUGUAACGUUAAUUCGCCCAAAAGGAUGCUUGUAAUGCAGGCAAAUUCAGAGUUUCCAUGUUAUUUCCAGGUACUACAGUGCAACGAUUAUACAGAUGUCUGGUAUACAGGGAGACCAGUUGGCCAUCUGGUUGGCUGCGGUGGUCGCAUUCGGUAAUUUCGCUUUCACCAUAAUUGGAGUGUUUCUUGUAGAGAAGUUGGGACGUCGUAAACUAUUACUCGGGAGUCUUGCGGGGGUCACUCUUAGCUUGUUUCUACUGGGUGGGGCAUUUUACAUGGCGAAGCAACACGAUGCUGCGAUCACAUUUCACGAGAAAACGCUGUCCGACCUAAACAACAACAAAUGUCCCGCGACUGGGUACUGCUUGGAUUGUCUCAAAGAAAAAUGUGGAUUUUGUUAUGCUAAAGACUCUACCAGCAAUCCUAUAAAUGGUUCUUGUGUUCCAAUCAAUUUAUCUUCUAGUGAUAACACGGCUGCAUUUGGUAGAUGCAGUCGCAAGGAUCAUUCAGUAACAUGGUCGUACCAAGCUUGUCCAUAUAAGUAUGCCUGGUUAGCAAUUGUAGCUCUUGUUUUAUAUAUCGCUGCGUUCGCUCCGGGGAUGGGGCCAAUGCCAUGGACUAUAAAUUCCGAGAUCUACCCCCUGUGGGUCCGUAGCACAGGAAAUGCGUUUGCUACAGCAACGAACUGGACAUGUAACUUGGUGAUUUCCAUGACUUUUCUCUCUCUGACUGAGUGGAUUACGCGUUACGGUGCAUUCUGGCUGUACGGGGGAAUUUCAGUUUUUGGCUGGUUGUUUUUCUUUGUUUAUCUUCCUGAAACGAAAACGAAAUCGUUAGAGGAACUUCAACAUUUAUUUUCAUAGUAAACAAUAACAGUUUUGAAUUUUGAUAAUUGAAUUUUUUGGUGGAACUUUAAAAUGGUCUAUGUGAUGGAACGAUUCCUUAUGCUGUACCUUAAAUAUUGUGGGAUGCGUCAUGUAUCUUUUCCAGCCGCUUUCAUAUCACUGUCUUAAGUUUGUAAAGGCUAUCGUUGUUUCACUUGCUACCCUCGCAGGAGCAAGAUCAAAAUAAGUCUGCUCACAUUUCUUUUAGUAAUCAUAUUGUUACGUUGACAAGAUCUAUGUUUCAUAAGUGGCCUUGAUAUGUGUGUUGUACCCUAGCUACUAUUAGUUUACAUAAGCCUUUUUUAUUGUGUUUCCUUUAGUUCAAACCAUACAACCACAACUACAACUUGGCAACAAUCACAAGUACAUCCGAUUUCUACUUUUCAUUCUGUUUCUCAUCAGCAUUUUUUCAAUAAGCAUUCUGAUUGUUUUUACGUGGUUUUUCUGGAAUUUACUCAAUGUGGGUUCGAGUGUUAUCAAGCUCCUGGGGUUAAGUUGCCCUUAUGCUAAUGUAAACGGGGCUUCGAUCCUGGAAAGUUAUAAUAUGAAAGUAAUAAUUUAAAGGUGAGAUUGUCACGAAAGUUUCUAGUCACUGCUGGUGUCCUAGCGGAUAUGGACCCCCCUAGAUUUGGACCCCCCGAUCCAAAUCCGCUAGCGGAUAUGGACCUCCCUCCGCAGAUUUGGACCUCCCAACAGAACUGAGUGAAAACAUCAUCCUUAACGUUCUCGUAGAAAUAGAUAAUACUUUACAUUUCAGUGC